CAACAAAACAUCUUCUUCUUCUUCCUCUGAUUUCUCUCUGUCUCUUCAUCUUCUUUUCUGUUUCUGCGAAACCCUAAUUUUGAUUGGUAUACAUCAAUAUUCAAUACAAUCGUACAAUACUAUUACGAUCGCUAUGGCCAACGUUAAUGUUCACUCUGAAGCUGCUCAAGAUAACAACAUUGCAUUGCAAUCUGAACUGAUGGCGCUCAUGAUGAGUGGAGAUUCAGGUAUAUCUGCGUUUCCUGAGGAGGACAACAUAUUCUGCUGGAAAGGGACAAUAACAGGAAGUAAAGACACUGUGUUUGAAGGAACUGAGUACAAGUUGUCACUUUCAUUUCCCAAUGAUUACCCUUUUAAGGCUCCAAAGGUCAAAUUUGAAAGCACCUGCUUCCAUCCAAAUGUAGAUGUUCAUGGUAAUAUAUGCUUGGACAUUCUUCAGGAUAAAUGGUCAUCUGCUUAUGAUGUUAGAACAAUUCUGCUAUCAAUUCAAAGUUUGCUUGGAGAGCCAAAUAUUAGCUCACCACUGAAUCCACAAGCAGCACAGCUUUGGAGCAAUCAAGAAGAAUACAGGAAGAUGGUGGAGAAGCUGCACAAACUUCCUAGUGCUUAAAGUUUCAGCUUGAAAGGGUUUCUUUUUCUUUAUUUUCGUUGGAGAAAAAGAGGAGGCGUGGCGUGGCUUUUAGAAUUUUUGAUGCGGCUUCUGAAUUUCUACAAAUUAUUGUAUUAGUAUGAUUCCAUUAUAAAUGAAACAAGAAUAUCAUUUUUUCCCACUCUCAA